CAGACAGUUUUCUCCAUCGAGCCACAGCUCGCCCUUUGAAAUUUGGUACCUGGCCCGAGCAUCUUCUCAUCGUGCGGGAAACAUUUUGCAGUUUACCAUACACAACAUAAACUAACCUAAUAACCAUGGCAGCUAGGACACCACAUCAGCGCUUGACCCCAUUUUACGAAGAAAUGCGCGAGAGAACCAUGGAUCGGAACGGUGUACACAUUGUUUACCCGAAUUGAGUGGGGGUUGCUGUCCGGUAGUGGCUACGCGCUGCUGAAAUUCUCAAGCGAUGACACCGUAACAGCAGUCGUGAAAGAUAGCCAAGGCUACACGUACUUUCCAACAGGAACGAGCAAAUACUAUGCGGGAGACCCCUUCUCUUUUGGGGUUCGUUCAAGAUACAAUAGUGGCCUCGAUAGGAGCACUCUCCAGCCCAUGGAGAAUGAAUACGUUCACUAUGACGUGCUUCUUCCGUACAAUGCGCUUAGAGCUCAUGAAUAUUUCAGCUAUCACGGUAGCCACGUGAUUCUGUCUGUACACUUUGGCAGUGAUGAUGGAGCAGAAUUUCCUAUUUCAAAGGGACUGGAUUCCGUUAUCUCAGGGGUUGUCGUCAUGGAACCAGGCUCCUACGCUGUCUACUCAGGAGUCUACACGGGGCCGGACGUAAUUCGCGUCAACGCGCCAGGCGCAGUUUCGGACCUGGGAAAGCCAGAGGUAUCAGGCAUAUUUGUGAAAAUCGGCGUACGGAAGAACCUCAAGAUGUACGUGUUCUUCGCCGACUACGGUAAAAAGGCGGUUAUGGCGCCAUUCGGAGAACUCAUAAGCUCGGGCCAUGAAUUCGUUCCACGAUUUUCGAUGAACUUCAACGUUAGACACGUCCUCAUGGAGUCAUACUAUUGAAGCAAUCAUAAUGCAUAUUCCUGAAUUUCUCAAUAGCCAAAAGCAGCUGUCAAGGGAUUUUUCAUGAUGUACGUUUGUUGUGCAAUAAAAGUAGAAUGCAUUUCAGGUACCACA